CUUUACAGCAGAAAACCCACAACGUGUCUGCUCACAGCAGUGUGUGAGAGGACGAGAACGAGGACGCCUGUAAUCAGGUUUUAUAGAUCUGUGUCUGUCCGACACGAUGACUUCCUGUCAGGAGUUCGAGGUGAUGGUCCACACCUCACCUGGUCCCACCUGUGGAACCUUCAGCCACCUGUGGCUCACUCUGAUUGGCUCGGAGGGGGAGACUCCGUGCGUCAGCGUGAACGAGGGCGAGCGUCAUCUCCUGCCCGGAUCGUCGUGUGCGGUUCGGGUCCAGGUCAACGGGCUUCUGGGUUGUCUGGUUCUGAUCCGGCUUCAUCUGGAGCCGCGGACCGGUUUUCCCGAUUUGGACUGGCACUGCAGCCGGGUGGAGGUUCGUAGAAUGGCCGAGGAGGGACGGCAAGGUGGGACAACGCCUGAGGAACCAGAAGUUCAGGUGUUCCUGUGCGACAGGUGGCUGCAGACAGCAGAUGGUGACGUGGAGCUGCGGAGUGGAAAGUUGUGUUUGCUGAAGGACGAGACAGAAGAGAAACUGAAACAGCACAGACUCAGACAGCUGCAACACCAACAGAAGAUCAUCAGAUGGCGUAAGUUCAUAGAGGGAACUCCGCAGUGCGUUGACCUGAACAAAAUGUCUGAACUCGGGCCGAACCUCAGCUACACACACAAGAGUCCAGCCACCAACCUGCACUACCUGAAAGGCUUCAUGGGCCGAGUGGAGGCCUGGACGAGUUUCACAGAGCUGGAGGCUGUUUUCGCUCACAGCGGACACGAGAACGACAUUGCCAGGUUCGUUAAGGCUCACUGGACGGAGGACUGGUAUUUUGGCCACCAGUGUCUGAACGGCUGCAACCCUCUGAUGCUGCGGCAGACCCGCCACCUCCCUCCAAACCUGUCCGUCACCUCCGACAUGCUCCGCCCCUUCCUGCCCGAAGGCUCCUCCCUCGAGCUGGAGUUAGAGAAAGGGACCGUUUACCUGCUGGACUACGAGGUUUUGGACGGCGUUCCGGCCAACAUGAUCAACGGGAAGCAGUCGUAUCUGUCUGCGCCGCUGUGCCUCCUCCACCUGAACCAGCAGGGACAGCUGCUCCCCAUCGCCAUCCAGUUGCAGCAGACACCCGGUCCUCAGAACCCGGUCUUCCUGCCCUCUGACGGGGGCUGUGAUUGGCUGCUGGCUAAGAUGUGGGUCCACUGUGCAGACUUCCAGUGUCACCAGUUGGCCUCCCACUACCUCAGGACUCACAUGAUGGGCGAGCUGUGCUGCGUGGCCACGCUGCGACAGCUGCCGGAGCCGCACCCACUGUACCAGCUGCUGAUGCCACACGUGCGGUCGUCCCUACAGAUCAACUUACAGGCCAGAGCCUCGCUGCUGGCCACUGGCGGCGUGUUUGAUAAGGGGAUCGGCUCUGGUCUGCAGACGUUACCCAUUCUCCUCUCCCGGGCGUCGGAGAGGAUUUAUUAUCACUCUCUGUGUGUCCCAGAUGACCUGGCGGACCGCGCUUUGGACAAGCUGUCACAGAGCUACUACGCCCAGGACGCACUGAGAGUGUGGGACGUGCUGCACAGGUUUGUGUGCAGCUGGGUGGACUUGUACUACAGCAGAGACGAUGAGGUCCAACAGGACUCUGAGCUUCAACUCUGGAUCACCGACAUCAACACACACGGAUUCACACAUGACUCAGGCUUCCCUCAGUCAUUCCAGACCAAAUCACAAGUGUCCAAGUUUGUCACCAUGAUCGUCUUCUCCUGUUCGGCUCUGCACGCAGCCGUCAACUUCUCCCAGCUGGACUUUGCCCUCUGGAUGCCGAACUGUCCGGCCUCCAUGUCGCGUCCUCCUCCACAGGUCAAAGGCGCGGUGACGGAGGAUGACAUCAUGUCCUUCCUGCCGGACGUGAACUCAAGCUGUCGCGUCCUGACGGUGCUGACUCUACUGUCUCAGCCUGCCACCAACUUUGUUCCUCUGUGUCACUACAAGGAGGCAGUGUUCAGAGACGACGCACACCGCAGGCUGGUGGAGAAGGUGCAGGCUGAACUCAAGGCUAUUUCUGAUGACAUCACAGAGCGCAACAGCCAACUGGAGCUGCCGUAUCCGUACCUCUGUCCCGAAGGCAUCGAGAACAGCGUCGCCAUCUGAUGAAUCUCCAGUGUGUGAUUAUCAGUGAUUUCUGGGUCUUUUUAUUGUUUAAACCUUCUACUCGCCUGCUUUUUAAAAAGGAAUUCAUUUUACUUUUUCGCUGACACAAAUAUAUUUGAUUUAAACCCUCUGAGGAAACAAAUCAGAUUCUUUCUAUAAAAAUCAACCUACUGGUUGAAACAAUACAGUCAGAGCUACGUUGUUACUGAAACCUUCUUAAUAAAACUGCCUGCAGAUUCAUUUUCUGCUUCAUCCUCUGUGGCGAGUUUUAUAUCUGGAAAAUAGAUUUCUAUGGUCAUAAACUGAAACCAAAAGCUAAUCAAGAGGUUCUUUACCUGCUUUACCCUUCUCAGCAACUACCGUUCUGCAUUGAAUAGCACUAUAUAUGUGUGUGUAUCAGCUGACUCAAAAACAGCUGAAACAAUUCCAUCAAAUUAAAUAAACAACAAAAGCAAUGACAUAUUCUGCCUGUGAAUGAAAACUGCUGGUAGUUAAAUACAUUGUGCACGUUCAGCAACUUCGACAGCUCACCGUACAAACAAUCCCAAAAAUUCUUUUAAUUAAAAAAAUGAAACAUUUUUGCUUUGGAAUAUGAAGCCUCGACCUUCUCAGCGCCAGAGAGAGAAAUUACAAUCGCUGGACAAAGUGGCCACCUGCACACAUUUUAUUAAUUAAUGAUAUUAUUAUUACUGGACUGCGGUUGUCCUCAGACAGGUCAGUGAUCGCUCAGGUCUCAGCCGAGCAGCAAGCACCCACUAGAGUCCAGUGCGUCAUUUUUGAAUGAAGUAACCACAGCUUGCCAGUUUUUAAAACUUCUUGAGCGAGUUCUAAGCUACUUAGAUCGCCUACACAAAUAUAAAUGUUUAAGCUUUAUACCUUUGAAGCGGUCAUAAAGUCCAAAAAAGUGUCCAAUCCUCAAUUAUUUAUAAUCUUUAUUUAUAAUCUUUAGUCCGUAAUGUUGCGUUUCCACCAAAAGCAAAGCAAAUAUUCGUCCUACGUUACUCGUGCUGGUUUACCUGCAGGAUCAUUUGUAUUUGAGGUGAAUAUUUGCCCUGGCUUGCAACUGCGGUAUGAGCCCAAAAUAAUCAAAUGUUGCUGUGAUUUAAUAUCAAUAAACGGCUGAAAUAACGACAUCAUGAUGGUG